CCGGGCCGCAUGUCCCGCGGUCCACACCGGGCCGGACCGCGCGCUGCUCCGAGGCGUCCGACCGGCGCUUCCUCGGUCUCCCCGGCCCGCCGCCUCCGCGCCCGUGACCUCUGCCCCGGAAGCACUUCUGGACCAGCCGCCGGACCCGGCAUGUCCUCCCGGAAGGGCCGCCGGCCGCCCUCCCGAGGCGGGGACGGGGUCCCAGGCUCGCCGGCCGACGGCCCCGCGCUGCUGACGGUCACCGGCGCCCUGGACAAGGACGUCCGCGUCCCUAAGCGGUUCCAGAGCUCCCUGGUGCAGCUAGCCCUGGGCACCCUGAAGGCCGCUGGCCUGUGCAUCGGCCGCCCGGCGCUGCUCACCGGCCCCCGCGGGCAGCAGGAGAUCUUCACAGCCUGGCCGGUGGCGGCCUUUCCCGGAGGAAAGGUGGGCCUGAGUGAAGCCGCCCAGAGGAGCAUGGGCGUGAAGGCGGGCGACGCCGUCCGGGUGCAGCCGCUUCUGGGCGCCCUGGUGCCAGCUGAGGAGGUGGACGUGUGCCUCAGAGACGCAGACGUGGACAUGGGGAAGGAGCCGCUGGCCGAGUGUCUGCGCAGGAAGCUGGACCGCAAGGUUGUCCUGCCUGGCAACGUCCUGUCCUUCACCUUCUACAUCCGGCUGCUGGAGCUGCGGGUGCUGGGUGUCCGAGGGCCGGACGGUGUGGUCCUGAGGGAGCCCCCGAGCGUGGGGGACCAGGAGGCGCAGGGCCCGGCCUCCGAGCUGUCCAGCACAGAUGUCAGCACCCUGGACCUGUCCCUGCAGCUCAGCCAGCUGGAGCUGGGCACCCCCCGGCCGGCCCCGGCCACCAGCACGCCCUGCAAGCCCGCGCAGGACGACAGCUUGCCGUGCGUCUCCCAGAGCCCUGUGGACGGCUGUGGGCCUGGGCUCCAAGUCCCAAGCCCGGGUCUCAGCUCAGAGUCCGACUCCAGGCCCGCUGGGGACCGAGAGUGGCUGGACUCUGCCAGCCCGGGGGCGCAGCGCAACACGGACACGUUUUACUUUAUCUCCUCGACGACCCGCAUCCACUUCGCUGGUGCCCACGCAGAGUCCGGGGAUCAGGACCCGAUGCCCAGGGUGACCUACGACAUGAUCGGAGGGCUGGCCCCGCAGCUGGCUGCCCUGCGGAGGGCCGUUGAGCUGCCCCUCACCCAGCCCCAGCUGUUCCGGUGCUGCGGGGUCCCUCCCCCGACUGGAGUGCUGCUCUACGGCCCGCCAGGGACCGGGAAGACCAUGAUCGCCCGGGCUGUGGCCACCGAGUCCGGCGCGUCCGUCUUUGUCAUCAACGGCCCCGAGAUCCUGAGCAAGUUCUACGGAGAGACAGAGGCCAGCCUUCGCCGGAUCUUUGCAGAAGCCUCGCGGAGACGCCCGUCCAUCAUCUUCAUCGACGAGCUGGACGCUCUCUGCCCGCGGAGGGAAGGGGCUCAGAGUGACGUGGACAAGCGCGUGGUGGCCUCUCUGCUCACGCUCAUGGACGGCCUCGGUGCUGAAGGAAGUGAAGGGCGGGUGCUGGUCCUGGGGGCCACCAACCGGCCUGAGGCACUGGACACGGCCCUGCGCAGGCCCGGCCGCUUCGACCAGGAGGUGGAGAUCGGCGUGCCCAGUGCCGAGGGCCGCCUGGACAUCCUGCGCAAGUUGCUCCACUCCGUCCCCCACGGGCUGACCGACACGGACCUGCUGCGCCUGGCCGGCAGUGCCCAUGGCUAUGUGGGGGCCGACCUGAGGGCCCUGUGCAACGAGGCAGGUCUGUGUGCCUUGCGGAGGGCCCAGGGGAAGCAGCCGCACGUGCCUGACAGCCGGCUGGCCGCGUCGGUGACAGUCACCCUGCAGGAUUUCUUGCAGGCCAUGAAUGAGGUCAGGCCCAGUGCCAUGAGAGAGGUGGCCGUGGAUGUGCCCAGUGUCUCCUGGUCGGACAUCGGAGGGCUGGAAGAGAUCAAGCUGAAGCUCAAGCAGGCUGUGGAGUGGCCCCAGAGACACCCCGAGGCCUUCCUCCGCAUGGGCAUCCGGCCCCCGAAAGGGGUCCUCCUGUACGGGCCCCCCGGCUGCUCAAAGACCAUGAUCGCGAAGGCGCUGGCCAGCGAGAGUGGGCUCAACUUCCUUGCUGUGAAGGGGCCUGAGUUAAUGAAUAAGUACGUUGGCGAGUCUGAGCGAGCAGUGCGGGAGAUCUUCCGGAAAGCUCGUGCCGUGGCCCCCUCCAUCAUCUUCUUUGACGAGCUCGACGCCUUGGCUGUUGAAAGGGGCAGAUCCUCAGGGGCCGGGGACGUGGCAGACCGUGUCCUGGCCCAGCUCCUGACAGAGAUGGACGGCGUGGAGCAGCUGAAGGACGUGACCAUCGUAGCGGCCACCAACCGGCCGGACCAGAUAGACCAGGCGCUGCUGCGGCCCGGCCGCAUCGACAGUGUCAUCUAUGUGCCGCUGCCGGACGCGGCCACGCGGCGGGAGAUCCUGGGCCUGCGGCUGCGCGCCAUGC